AUGUCCAAUGGUAAUUUGCCAUUAAGAACUAGAGAUGAAGGUCCUGCAUUGCGGGAAGAGAAGCAUUAUACAGACUUAUAUCCGGAUCUUGAUCAUCAUGAAUUGUUGCCAAUAUUAAUGAACGAGAAUAAAGAUAGACUGAAAUCGGAGCAUAAUGAAUCAGAAGCAACUGAAGAAAGAAAUCAGAUAAUUCAUAACAAAUUACCCCAUGUAAAGCAGAUAAUUUUUAACAACAAGGUUACCAUAGAACCUCUAGGACCACAGUUAAAGAAAAGUUUGGUACGGUUUUGUAAAGUAACCGUACCACAAUUAAGCGGUAAUUAUAGAGUGUCUAAACAAUACCAGAAGUACGGGUACAGGACUGGACAGUCUCUUUUUGAUAAAGGUGCUAAAUAUCUACCUUAUAUGAAAAGAACCGACCAUCUCAUAGAAAAUGAGAAUGAUUAUUUUGCCAGCAUUUCUCCAGCUUUAAGAGAUUUUAGGGUUGAGUAUGACAUGGAUGAACAGGAUGACCUAUAUCUUAAAUUCCUAAAUGAAACGCGGUUAAAGGGUUCUAAGAAGCAGCUUGACUACGAAAUUUUUGAGAUUGUGAUGACUGUAUUGGAAGUUGAAUGGUUUUCUCUGGAGAAGAAGAUUCCACAACGUCCUUCUACAGCGCUUACAUCUAACACACAUGAAUUCCAAGCGGCAAAAGCACAUUACGAAUUAUAUGGGUCGGACGACGGAACUGGCUACGCUAAUGACCAGCCCUGUGCAGUUUGCGGAGGAACUGACUCUGACAAUACCAACGCGAUUGUGUUUUGCGAUGGAUGUGAUGUUGCUGUUCAUCAAGAGUGCUAUGGCGUUGUUUUUAUUCCGGAAGGACAAUGGCUCUGUCGCCGAUGCAUGAUAUCGAAGAGAAGCAAAAUUAACUGCUUGUUUUGUCCAAGUAAUACAGGGGCUUUCAAACAAACGGAUACUGGAUCUUGGGGGCACGUUAUUUGUGGUAUAUGGAUCCCUGAACUAAUAUUUGCAAACUUGCACUACAUGGAACCAAUAGAGGGCAUAGAUUUAGUACCAAAAAGUCGAUGGCGACUAAAUUGUUAUAUUUGUAAACAAAAGAAUGGCGCGUGUAUACAAUGCGCAAAUAAAAAUUGCUUCACAGCAUUUCACGUAACUUGCGCUAAAAGAGCUGGACUGUACAUGGACUUUGGAGGCUGCACCGUGUUAGAAGCUGCUUCAAAAAAUUUUAGGCAAGGCACGAAGCUAGAGAGCUUUUGUGAUAAGCAUUCCCCAGUUGGAUGGGGGAAUUGCGAGUUAGGUAUUAUGAAGACAAGAGCAUAUUUCCAAAAUAUUGCAGAAAUGAAGGUUCAGGAAAGCCAGCGAGAACAGCAACCUCAUAACGAUAAUGAAAUACGCAAUCGCUGGAAGACUAAUAGGAGUACACCUAUAGCGCCCCACCUAUUUCUUGAUACUGUAAAACAGGUUUUGGAUACUAUUGGGAUUUCUCAAUCUGAAAAAAUAGCUAUAGAUAUGUGCAAGUACUGGUCGAUGAAGAGGGAACUUAAGAGGGGUGCACCACUAGUCAGGAAAUUUGAUCCAAGCUCCUUUAACACGCUGAGCACCUCGGAGCUAGAAGAAAGAGCCCAAUUUGUUGACAUUUUACUUAAAGAUAUUAAUAAACUUGAAGAUAUUGCAAGUCUUAUUGUACAGCGCCAAACUGCUGCAAUGUUGAAGGAUGAAGCUAAUGAAAUAAUUGACAACAUUGCAUUUCAUCCUGUCAGGUACAUCCUCCGCAAUAAUUUGCGGCAUUUAUGGGAUACCAGAGACUUCAAGAUAAUUAAAGAAUAUGAUGGAGGCUUUAGUAACGUUUUGGAAAGAAUUGAGAAUGAUAACUACAAAAGCAUUGCCGAGUUUUUAAAGGAUAUUAGAAGCAUUAUGAAUAACUUAAGUGCGCAAAAAGAUAUUCCGGCUCAAGUAAGAAAGUCACUAACUAUUUUUGAGAGGCAAUUCAAUAAAAAGUCUGCCAAGAUAGAGGAUUUAGAUAUACAUAAGCUCUUAUCGCGAGAUUUUAGAAUUGAGCGAGACAGAAUUGAGGAAGUCGAGUGGAUGGGACCGAUUCUUAUGGAAGAAGAAGGACUGAGUGAUGUAGAAGUUGAAGAAUUAACUCCCGCUCAGGAGAGGAUACUGAAAUCCUUUUUAAGGUAA